AUGGAACACAAGGAUCAGCUUGAGAACAAGAAAUACAGGAACUGGGUAAGAGCUGGACUUGGUAUUAAAUAUGUAAAAGAAGGCUUGGAGCCAUUCUGCGAUCACCUUGUUUACCAGCAGCAUGUUGAUAUCUUAGAUAAAGUUAAACAGAAACAUAAUCUGUCGAAAGUAGCCUGUGGACUUUGCGAUGUACACACACUCCAACCAGACCAUGUCCGGACUAAAGAUAGGCAGUGUCCACUAGGUCAAAUACAUUGUAACUGUCUACACCCACGCGGGAAAACGUGUUGUCCCAGCAACGUAUGCGGUGCUAUAUACGACGAAAUCAUUAGAUAUCACGCAUCCACUCCUCCUGCUCCAUACUGGAGAAACACAGACACACAUCAGUGGUGUACUGAACCUUGGGCUGUUGCAAAAUGUUUCAUAAAUGCUCCAGGAUAUGAACACAAGACAAAAGCAACUGAGUUUGACUGUUCCGGCUUGUUGCAUCUGUUGAUUAAUAACCUAGAGUUUCAUCACCAUAUCCAGAGUGGUAUAUCUGGCAAUGAUGCUUUCUCAAGGGUACUUCAACACAGAAACGCCAUAUUUCAUUGCAGCAAUAUGGAAGUAGAGGACACAGACUUUGAAAAUUAUAUAGAUGAUAUGAUAGAACUGCUACAAGAUGAUAAAGAAAUCAAAGGCAGACAAGAAUCGAAAGAGGCGGUCAAGAAACUACUUGAGCCAUACGCAUAA